AUGUUGUCCAAAAAGGGGGAGAAGAGGACGUUCAGCAACGGGAAUCUGAGAGACCAAUGGGAGAAGAAAGCUCAGAGCAUCGCGGAGCAGAACAAACAGGAGGCCGAAUUUAGGAAGAAAAGCUCCUUCAAAGAAUCUGCCUCAAAGUGGAAUUAUCACUGGUCACUUGUUGCUGAUAGUGAAUACAAGAAGCUCACCAGCGGUGCAAAUAAUGAGGAAAAUAACAAAUCCAAAAUCAAAUUCAAAGUUGUCCCUCCUCCUCCCAAACCCAAACAUGAGCCUGCUCCUCCUCCGCCUCCUCCCAAGAGACCCGAAACGCCCAAACUUCCCAAGCAAAAACGUAAAGUUGUCGUGGAUGCGUUCAGUAUUCUCUGGAAAGACUCCUGGAUGAGCCUGAAACCUCCAAAGUAUCUUUUCCUGAAGGACAAAGAGACGAAAAGCAGAGUCCCAGGAUUCACAACCAUAGAGCUGACUGACAACACCAAGUACAAACCAAAGGGCUGUGAACCAGAAGCUGAAUGGGCGUCUCCUGCAGAAAAAUGGAGUCACUCCUGGAAACAGGUGAAGAGUCCUACCCCGUUGGAGUGCUCUGAGGAGAAACAUUUCAAGUGGGAGAUUUUGUUCGAAAAAAAACUAGCUAGCCCACCGGAGAUAGAAAUAGUGUCUGUUCCUGUCUGGGCCCGUACAUGGAAGUUCAUAAACUUUCGCUUUAGACAGGAGAAAAAGGAAUGGGAUUGUAUCUGGCCUGAUUACCAACACAGCGUCAGCAAGGUUGACCAAAUUCGACAACUAGAGAUGCAGGAUGAGCUCUGGUACUGGGAGGAUUCAUGGAAACUUUCUGGGGCAGAAUUUGAAUCGAUAGACGACACAGAUGAUGAGACACCUCCUGCAAGCUUCUCUGAAACCACAGUGAUGACGAGGGUAAAGGAGGUGUACCUGCCCGGCUGGAGCGACUCCUGGCUGCUCGCUGCAGCUCCUCUGAGGGAAGCAGAAGAACGAAGCAAGACCUGGAGCUCCUGCUGGGGAUACAGGCAGCAGAUCAGGUGGUGCCAUGCUUCGCUGCAGUCCCAUCACCGACACAGCACCAUGUUGACUCAGAGACGUAAAAACAUCAACCUGCUCCUCACAGCACAGCUGGACCAGGAGAUCACUGACAGCACAGAGUGGGAGGAGGGCUGGAGGGUCCCUAAAGGAUGGAUCGAACCAGUGGAGGAAGAACUGGAGGAGACGCAGGAGGAGGUAGAAGAGGACGAGGGGAUGGUUGGCACAGAGGAGGAGGAGGAGGAGGAGGAGGAAGAAGAGGAGGAGGAGAAGGAGGAGGAAGAGGAGGAGGAGGAGGAGGAAGAGGAGGAAGAGGAGGAGGAGGAGGAGGAGGAGGAAGAGGAAGAGGAUAAAGAUGUGAAGAAGGAAAAGGAACAUGAAGAGGAGGAGGAGGAAAAAGACAAGACAGACCAAGUAAAUAAGGAGGAGGAAAAGACAGACGAAGAGGACGAAAAUGAAGUAGAGGAGGAGGAGGAAAAAGAUGUAGUCAAGGAGGAUAAAGACAGUGAAGCAGAAGAGGAAGAAGAUGAGGACAUUGAUGAAGAAGUAGAAGAGAAGGAUGAAAAGGAAGAGUUAGAUGGAGAAUGGAAAGAUAAAGAGGAGGAAAACGAGAUAGAAGAGGAGGAGGAGGAUGAAGAGGACAAAAAGAAAGAAGCAGACGAAGACGAGGACACAGAAGUGGACAAAAAAGAAAUGGACGAAGAAGUGGAGGAGGAGGAGGAGGAAGAAGUUGAGGAGGAAGAGGAGGAGGAGGAAGAAGCUGAUGAGGAGGAGGAUAAAGAAGACACUGAAGAAGUAGAGGAGGACAGCCAAAAGGACGUAGACGAGAAAGAAGAGGACAAAGUCAAGAAACGAAAAAACAAAUGUAAACCGGACGUCCCGCUCCAUCUGCAGUUCCAUAAGCUGAACGCCUCCUUCUCCUCCUGGAAGCACUCGUGGAUGGUGGCCAAGGCUCACAGAGUGGGAGAUGAAUUUGAAGAAGAAGAGGAGGAGGAUUUGGAGGAGCUGCAGGCUUGGAAAGAGUCGUGGAGGAUUUGUCGCUGGAAGAAGCUGGACGAGGGUGAGGUGGUGUGUUUCUCCACCGAGCACCGCAGUCAGAGAUACAUGGGACUGAUGCACCAAGAGGACGCCAUGCCCAAGGCAGAGUGGACUCUCAGCUGGAAGAUGACCAAGGAUGCGGUUCCUGACUUUAAUCCAGAGUUUUGA